AUGAAUAUGCCCUCUAAUUGGCCGUCUCCUCUACCUCGGCGCUGCCCCCAUGUCCUCUUUUUCCCAAUCAGAGAGCCUCUUGGCGGUGGCCACGAUGAUGCCUCACCCUCUGAGGCUGUUCGGGUGAAGCUACGUCCGAACGGUCACUCAAACAGUCCUGCCGAGUUGUCGCGCCCGAUGGCCAGCCUACGCAUAAGCAGCGGCGACGCCAGAACCAACCGGACGAGUGUGAAGAGCGGCUCACUUACUCCAUUCUCCCAGCGUCUUGGGGUGCUCACAGAACCCACCGACCCCGAGGACCUGCCUGAAAUGGUGGCGCACCUUCGGAGCAAGAUAGCCAUGAGCAUAAAGCCGCUAGAGGAUGAGCCAGACUUCCACGUCAAGGACGACACGUGA